AAAUUAAAAUAAUGGAAAGAAUGGUUUUGGAAGUUGCACUAAAAGGAGAUGUAGCAAGCUUAAAGAAGCUAUUAGAGGAAGAUCCUCUGAUUCUGGAGAGAUGCAUGGUUAGUGUUUACUCCAACGACACACCAUUGCAUGUGGCAGCAAUGCUUGGGUAUGAGGAUUUUGCGAAUGAAAUCCUUAGGAGAAAACCCGAGCUAGCCAAAGAGUUGAAUUCCAAUCAAUCUUCGCCUCUUCACCUCGCGGCUGCCAUGGGGCAUGCGGGGGUUGUUAGAGCUCUACUGUUAGUUGAUCGCGGGAUGCUUAAGGGUCGUGAUAGAGACGGGCUCACUCCCUUCCACCUUGCAGCUGUGAAAGGGAGAGUGGAGGUGUUGAAGGAGAUGAUGAGUGAUGAUGAUGGUGAAAUUUGUAGCAGUGAAUUAAGUGAGGUGAUGGCGAUGGAUGGUGAGAAGUUGGGAGAGAGCAUUUUGCAGAUGUGUGUUAAGUAUGGGCAGUUGGAGGCUCUGAAGCUUCUUGUGGAGAUGAUAGCAGACAGAGAUGGCGGCGAGGGUGUGAAGUUUUUGGUCCAACGUAGUGGAAUACAAGUGAAUAAUGGGAAAGAGAUUGGAGGUGGGAGGGAGAAUUCAGAGAAAUAUAAGAAAAAGAAAGAGAGUUGGAUUAAUGAAAUGCGUGAGGGGUUAAUGGUGGCAGCUUCGUUGCUAGCAACAAUGGCAUUUCAGGCCAUUGUUAGCCCCCCUGGCGGUCUACUCUCGGAAACUCGAGUUAUCGAAGAUGCGGUGGCUGCUGCAUGUGAUUGGUUUAGUUGUUUAUUUGGAAUAGCUUUUCUUAUAUAUGACAAUGAUAACAAUGAUGCUGCUGCUCCAGCACCGGCGCCUACUUAUUCUGAUAAAAAAGGUUAUAUAGGAGAAUCUGUGAUGUCUUAUUACCAACCAAUUGCUUAUCAAGUGUUCGUAGUGGCCAACACGUUAAGCUUUCUUGCAUCUCUCAGUGUCAUAAUGUUACUCAUAAGUGGAUUACCCCUUCAUCGCAAAUUCUUUAUGUACGUAAUGAUGAUCACAAUGUGGGUGGCAAUUACUGCAGCGGGUUUCAGCUAUGUUACGUGCCUGCAAAUGAUUACUGCUUCUUCGCCCUCUACGUGGCAAAUAACUUACAUGCUCACCUUAACCUGGGGCAGUGUAUUUGCAGUACUUGCAGUGCUUAUUGGUGCUGGGUAUGUAAUUAAGGUCACAGUGGCGAUCAUAAAAUGGUUGCCAACAUUGAAGAACAAGAAGAAGAAGAAGAAGAAUUCUUCUUCUUCAAUGCUGCUGCAUCAAGUUUAAGAUUAAUUAUU